AUGAGUUGUUUAUCCAUUGUGAUUGACUGUGAUGCUCGUCAUUGGGGUGAAUUGGCUGAGAAGGAAAACAAUGAGAAUGUGAUUUGUAUGUUGAUCCAUUCCAUUACAUCAUAUACCACAGCGCAUAUGUCACUUUCUGCAAUGAAUGGUAUAGUCGUUAUUGGUGUCGAUGGAACGCUUUCGGAACCGACUAUCUACACUACAAGUGCAUCAUCAGAUAUAGAUAUGAGUUCAGCAGUAAAAACAUCAAUACAAAAUGCACUUAAAAAAUCGGCUUCCUCGACAAGUACAACAGACUCAGCCCUUUUUGCACCUGCUAUUGCUACUGCCAUUUGUCAUAUUUUCCGUUUCAAGAAUGAAGUUGACAAAGGAGAUGGACGCAUUCUUAUUAUCAACAUUGGUAGUGAUCUUUUUGGAGAGCAUAACAUUUUAAUGAAUAUCUUCUUCGCCGCUCAUAAGCAUAAUAUUCUCAUUGAUGUGGCCAAUAUCGGUGAGACAUCGCCAAUUUUGCAACAGGCGAGUGAUAUUACUGGCGGUACUUACUUCAAUGUUAAAAAACCGAAGCAAUUGUUGAAAUACACAAUGUGUUUUACACUUGGAAGGGCAUCGUUGCGUUCUGCAUUUCCAUCACCUUCAUCAUCAACUUCAAUAGAUUAUCGAGCUAGCUGCCAUUGCCACGGUGCUCCAGUAAGUGUUGGAUGGGUCUGCUCCGUAUGUCUUUCGGUUCAAUGUCACUUUAGUCCAAUAUGCCCUGCAUGCAACACUGUAUUCAAAAUUUCGAUCUUGGCAAGGCGAGGACGGAAAAAACGUCGAGAGGGAAAUUGA